AUGACGGCUGCUGCCUUCGGCAGCGUCUGUAUGGAACAUCAGGCCUGCAGAAGGAUCCUGAACUUGACAGGCGCAUUUAUGUGCGGCACCCUUCUGUACCACUGGAAGGUGAUCGUUCCCUUGCAUGGCCUGACCCGACAUCUGGCUCUGAUUCCCGAAGUGAUGCAGCAUCUUCUCCUUGUCUCCGGCAUCUUCUUCUUCAUCUUGCUCGAGGUCGAUCGCAUCAUUGGACAGAGCCAGAUAGACGAGGCCAAGCAGCUCAGUCAUGGAUAUCGAGGCAGCAUUGAACAUGCGACGUGCUCCGAAGCAGCCGACACCAUGCGGAUUUUUCAGGAGGUUGGUGAGAGGACCAGCGAUGUAGACUACGCCAUCGAUGUGCUGCUGGGUGCCGGGAUGUCAACGCCGACACUUCGAACAGUCGCCCGUGCAGGGGUGGACAUCUCAGGUGCGGGCUACACCGAAAUGGCAUUUCCCUGUCUGGACCUGGGGCCAUUUCUUAUACAUGGCAUGUCACUGGUGCUGACGGCUGUGCCUGUAUACCUGCUUCAGCAAUGCUAUCGUUGGUUUCCUUGCUUGCUGUCCAUCUGUGCUCGCCUUAUCCUGCUCAUCAGUCUCUGGCGCAGUGCCAAAGAUGAAAGAUGCUUCAUUCUGAAGAUGAUGGCGAAGAUGAUUGCCAUGUAUGUGGGCCUCACCUUUCCCUUGGUGGCGAUCUUUCAAAUAACUACGUCCCGGAAUGAAUGGAUUUUUUUCGGUAUUACAGUGUUCAUCAUGAUUGUGCACGGCAUCAUGGUGGGGUCUGCUUGUCUGGGCAUGCAACGACUGGCGACACUUCCGCUUGCAGGGCCCUGCAUGCUGCAGCUUUUCUUGGGUCGUGGCCGCUGUGGCUGUGGUGUCGCCAGUCCAGAGAUCACUUCCGGCUGCAGCCCGAUGUCUGAGACAGGGACUGGGGAAUCUGCUAACACGGAAGACUCAGAAUGA